ACGAUUGGGCCACGUGAAGGCCGCCAAGGCGGUUACGUUGCCAACUAGUAAAACUGGGUUCGUUGGGAACUGAUUGGGAAGAAAGGUUUAGGGAUAAGUGUGUUGGUUUAUGGAACACUUUUCUUCCGUAUUUAUCAGUGAUCCGUGUGAAUAGUAUCAAGCGGUAUCAAGAUCUAUUAAGAUUAUCCACAUUGUAAGCGGCGAAAAGCGGGAUAAGCGGUGUCCUAACGGAAGGAGUAUAGAAGUUGAUGUGAAGCAUGUGGUAUGAUUGACAUCUUUUACAAGCACACGAUAAAUAGAAGUCCUGUGUAGUAAUGAAUCCUGUAGAAGAAUCAUCUGUACCUAAGGGAAGAGGUCGUGGAAUUUGGCAGCAAGGACAGAAUCGCAAAGAGUUGCGGCGUCCACAAACAGAAAAGAGAAUUGGUAUUGCAGUGAACAGUAAUAAUGUUCAACUUGAUCCAGAUGCUGAAGAGAACAUAUCAAAGACUUCAAAAUUAUCUGUUAAUGCUGAAGAAUUUUAUCCAAGAAAUGUUAUAUCUCAGCAGCCAGAAGAAUCUUACAGUUCUUCUUUGCAAUGUGAAGAGGUGCCCCAUCAAAACAUGCUGCCAUUCCAAAUGACAGUCAUUCCAAACUGGUCACUUGGACAGGGAAACCUGCAAAGCAGACUUUAUUCUAACUGGUCAUCUCUGGCCUCUUGUUCAGUUAUUAAGGCUGCACCAGAAGGAGGUAACUGUUCUCUUUACAACUCUUUAAAUCGAACAGCUGAUACCAGACAAGAACAAUUCCCAACAGAUCACCUAAUUGGAGUAAUGCAGCAUUUGACAUUGAAUCCAGGGACAUUUGAUGAUCUGAUUACUCCAUUGGUAGACACCUUUGGCCUUUGGUUGGGGAAUGCAGAGACAUUGUCCUCUGUAGUCAAUGUAAUUGUGGAACAGUCAAUAAUGGAACCAAAUUUCCGGUACAGUGGAGCAAGACUUUGUAACUUCCUUAACAACGAAUUUCCUCCAGGAGAAAGGUCAACAUUCAGAACUUUUCUUCUAAAUAGGUGUCAACAAGAACAUGCACAAAUAUCAAAUUAUAUUUAUACAGAUCCAGGAAGAUUACAUGGCUAUGUAUUGUUUAUGGCAGAGUUGUUCAUGCAGCUGGAAUGUGCAAAAGGUUAUGGUCAAAGGAUAGAAAUUCUGGGAAAAGCAUUACUUGAAGCUCUUUCUUUAUUACUCAGUAAUGCAACAUCUGGAAACAUUAAAUGUAUAUGUCAAGUUCUCAAGCUGGCAGGUCAGCCCCUGGAUGCACAGGAUCAAACAAAUAUGAAUCAAGUAAUGGAGUCCCUUUUACACUUACUGAACAGCCCAGUAGUCGAGUCAGAUGUCCGACGUCUUGUCAGCAGUGUUGUCAAUUUGAGACAUGUUGGAUGGGUUGACACAUCAAACUUCAUGCCCCAUGCCAGCACAACACAGCUAUACAAUCCAUACCUGCAGAAUGAGCCUGUGUUCUAUGGACCAGAUGGACAGAUAAUAACUCAAGAAGAGAGUCAGUUUCUACAAGAAAGUGUUUGUCGAAUUCCUGACCCUGAGGAAUAUGAUGAUUAUGGGGAGGAAGGGGAUAAUGUCUGGGAGCCAGAUGAUGAAAUGGAUGAAGAAAUUCAAGUAGCAUUUGAACAGUUCCUGCAGAUGGGCAAGAAUCAUUCAAAAGACACACAUCCCACUGAUAGCAAGUGCAAUGGCUGAUUCUGGCCACAAACAUGUGUUGUUGACUUACUCUGUCAUUUGCAGACAGUUUCAUGUAAUGAACAGAAAAUGUCUUUCUUGUCAACUUAGUGUUAAGUAUGGACAUUGUGUUAUAAGCAUAUUUUAUAAGUAGUUAUCAAGAAUUGUUUGCAGUCACUUUUGCAAAAAAUUGUUGUAGUUUUUCUUUGUUAGGACAGGUUUUGUGACACGGAGUUGGAUGUAUUGUACUUUAGAAGGUGUAAGAUGGAAACUUACUGGUUGUGGUUUGCUUAAGCAUAUAUUUCUUCCUGUUCUGCCAUCUUAUUUUGAUUAUUAAUAUUAAAAUUAGGAACUUAGUUAACCACUUCUUCUUGGAGACAUAAUGCCCAGUAGCAACAGACUGACGUACAAUUAACAUUUUGCAGAUGGUCAUGUUUGCUUCCAGAAUGAGCAGGGAAUAGCUACAUGUAUGAUAUGAUAAUUUAAAGAAGACUCAUUUAUGAUAACUACAAAUGGAAAUAUGAAUCUCUAAGAUGUGUACAUACUUACUUGAGACUUCCUGUCUAAUAUGAUGGAGGUUGAAAGAAACAGGAAUCUGAUCCAAAGAUGCAGCUGUUCAGAAGGAGUGGUGGUAGUAAAAUGAAGUUCUCUGCAUAUCUAGUUAAGCAACACUGAUCUCUAGUUCUGUAGAACUGCUGGGUUCACUGCAAAGGCUAACUUCCAUGCACAAUACCUUGUGCUACAUGAUGGUCAAGAAGGUAUGUAUGAAGUUGGCAGAGAUUUAUAAACAGUUGUUGAUCACAUCAGUGCUGAGGUAAUGGGAUUGCUGUUGAAUGGUUCAUUCCUGUUGUUUCCAUGUGUAUGCUUCAUAAUGAUGUCCUGUCUAUAUAUAUGAAAUGCCUCUCUUUCUACAAGUGUAUGUUUAUUAGUGGGAGAUACCGUUACCAUGAUAGUACAGUAAAUCGUUGGUAAUAUAUCAGUAAUUUGUAAAACCUGUUCUUCUAAGCAUGUCGCCAGUUUUGUGUCUAACAUGUCUCAAGAAUAGCAGAAUCUGUAGCAGGUUGGCGUGAAGAUUAGGCUCAACUGCAGUCAUUUGUUUUGGUUAAAUAUUUCAGGUAGUCGUGAAUUUUUAAUGGAAAUUCUAUUUUUGGGUAGUUUUGUAGUUGUAUAUGGUGCAACAUAUACUGUCUUUAUGUUGUAAGAUGUACUGAGUUGCUGAAGGUAAAGGUCCACCAAUGAUUGCUUAUGAAAGUGUACAUUCACUGUUUGAUUUUCAUUCCAUUGAUUGGUUUGUUGAUCUAUGCAUAUAGUUGUGGGAUGUUUUCCAGAGUCCAUAGUAAUACAUUUUAUUAAAUGAAACUAAAGCACAACAGUUUGGGGUUAUAGCAACUGUAUCUUGCUUCAGAAGAAAUAAUAUUCGUUUCAAAUGAGCCUCGAAUUUAUGACUGUGUGGUAUAAAAUGAAGUGUUCCUUUAUAAAACAUAUUCAGUGGCUUAUCAUGGUAACAGAUUUUGAAUUAUCUUUCUUUGCCUAUUACUGUGUGAAAGUACAAAGAUUUCUGGUCACUGUACUGUGUGCUUCGAAUAUGAAUAAAAGAAAACUUGUAAAUGUCUUACUUAUAAGCAGUAAGGAGGAAUAACUUCUGAACACAUUAAUGUAAAUGAGCAUAGUGAGUGGCUACAUGUAUUUAUUGUGAGGUCUGAAUUUUUAUCCAUGGGCUUGGUAUCAAGGACUGCUUCAGAGUAUGUGUGAAGCUUUUGAUGUACUAACCAUUUCAAGUGCAAUUUCAUUUUCCUCAUGAUCUUUGUUAAUAUAUACUCUCCUACAUAUAGCUCCAGUCUCCUCAGAGAUACAAAUUACUAUUUUGAUUGACAAGAAAAUGCUUGACGUGAUCAUAUUUGGGCAUGAUAUGUGAUUGGUUACUUCUAUAAAAUGAUGAUGCAAAGUUAUUAUUUUGAUUCACUUUUUUUCAGAGAUUGUUUAAUGUUACCCAGUACAUAUCAAAUAAAUCUAUUUAAAACA